CAAGGGUUCGGCCUCCGACGAGCACAGGCGACGGGCCUUAGCACGGCCAGGGUUCAUUGCUUGGUCUCGGGGCUGGUGUUUAUCGGCCGAACACGAGGUUUCAUAUGUUGCUCUCCAGCAUCGACUUUGCAUUAUGGACAUUCAGGCUCCGCUUGUCAGGCUGAAAUUCCCAGUCCCCGCAUUCUACAUCUUUGAAGUUUGGGGUGAUGCCAAAAUCUCCGAUGGAUUGCGGGAUUUCAGCCAAUCAUUCCUUCAAUGCGGUUAUUUACUUAGUAUAUACGAAGCGCUCGAAGAUUCCUCAUUCCGAAGUACUCAAUAUCGUCAACAUCUCCCGUUUCGGCUCCGUUACGUAACCAACAUGCCGGGAUGUAUACUAAAGAUCUUGAAAGGCUUCAAAGUUCUACCAUCAUUUGUCUAACGCCGUCUAAAUGAGCAAAAAAGCAAGGUUAUAUGUGGCCACG